AUGCGCGGUGUUGCGGUUGGAGGCCCAAGGGUUCGGAGGAGCGGCCCCCUCCGCGGCGUUUUGCAGCAAGCCGGCGGGGUCCGGGAUGCCGCCAAAGAAGAAAAUGUCUGUAUUAUUGAGGUCAAAAAGGAUUCCAUUUUACAGAGAGAGACCUUCAAGAUCCAAGUAUCUGCUCCAGGCAACACUGUCAAGAAGCUACAGAAAACUACCAUGGUCCUGUUAUAUGUAGCGGCACCACAGGGAAGCACCAAGCUGCUAGGCAUCAAGGCGCCAGUUGAAUUUCCUAAAAUGUUGUCUUCUAGCUCUCUCCUAGUAUCUGCAAACAAAGGGGAGAGCAUAUCUAGUACUAACCUCAAGGAAGCUUCAAAACCUUCUGCUGAAGACAUGAGGAUGUUCAUGUCAAGAAAAACUGUGGUUGCAUUUCCUCAGCGAGUAGUUGUUUCUUCGCUUGAGGAAGAAAAUGUCAAUACACCUGCAACAGAAGGAGGCUUGAGGAAGGAGUUAGUUGAGGAAGAAACUUCAUCUUCAUCCAGCUCGGAUUCAGAUUCUAGCUCAGAUUCUGAGGAAGAAAAUGAUGAUGAUGAUUCAGAAGUUGUCAUUAAAACCAAAGUUGAGUUUCCUAUACGAGAUUCCAUCUUUUCUGAGAAUAUAGCACUAAAGGCAUCAACGCUAGCAAAAGAGAACUUGUCCCAGAAAUCUCACAAAGAAUAUGUAGCUAAAAAGAAGCCAAGCAGAAGAGAAACCGAUAUGUUUCCUGUCAAGCAGGUCAUGUUUUCUAAAACAUCAGUGAAUCGUGAAACAUCAAAAUCCAAAGCAAGAGACCCCACAGUAAAAUUGACUCCAAAAGAAGCAGAUCGGCAGAAGCUGGUUGUAGAACCACACGUGGCUGAAAACCAAGCCCUGACUGAUGUCACUCAUAAAUCUGAUUACUUGGAGGAAAAGUCUAUUGGAACCCAAGUAGCAGCUAUUCAGCUGAAAGCUUCAUCAGUGACUCAGGAAGGCAAAACCCAAAAACUGGUAUCAAGAGGAAAAGAAAAAAAGGUGAAGGAGGCGCAGGAAUCAGAAGCAGAAGUAGUAACUGCUCAGAAACUAGAAGAAGAGACUUCUGAAAGCACAAUGUUGGUGACGGGCACUACAGCAAAGGAUGAGGCAAUUCAGGAAGCAGGAGUCCAGGCUGGAGAAGGCAGCACAAUAGAGGAGGGCACAGCAGCUGCUGAGCCUGCUCCAGAAGAAUUUGAUAAUUCUACUUACAAGAACCUUCAGCAUCAUGAAUAUAACAUUUAUACCUUUGCUGAUUCUGUUGCGUAUCUCUCAAAAUUCAGGCAGCCUCAGCCAUCUUCUGGAAGACCAUCACCAAGGCACUGA